AACACUCUGUAUUCUUCUAGGUUUGCUCUGUCCCAUCCCAGACUCCUCAGCCUACUGUCGUUCCAAAGCCAGUUCAGUCUGUCGUACAUGUCCCAUUGCAACCAGGCUGUCCAGGCCGAGGCAAAAUGGCAAAGCUCCUCAGUCCAGAAGAGAUGACAUCCAGAGAUUAUUACUUUGAUUCCUAUGCGCACUUUGGAAUUCAUGAGGAAAUGUUAAAGGAUGAAGUGCGUACAUUAACUUACAGAAACUCAAUGUAUCACAAUAAGCAUGUUUUUAAAGAUAAGAUUGUCCUUGAUGUUGGAAGUGGCACAGGAAUCCUCUCCAUGUUUGCUGCAAAGGCAGGAGCCAAGAAGGUAUAUGGGAUUGAAUGUUCAAGUAUAUCUGACUACUCUGAAAAAAUUAUCAAGGCCAACCACUUGGACAACAUAAUCACAAUAUUUAAAGGUAAAGUGGAAGAAGUUGAAUUACCUGUGGAUAAAGUAGACAUCAUUAUCAGCGAGUGGAUGGGUUAUUGUCUUUUCUAUGAGUCAAUGUUAAACACAGUCAUCUUCGCACGAGAUAAAUGGCUGAAACCAGGAGGGCUAAUGUUUCCAGACCGAGCUGCUUUGUACGUGGUAGCAAUUGAAGACAGACAAUACAAGGACUUCAAAAUUCACUGGUGGGAGAAUGUGUACGGCUUUGACAUGACCUGUAUUAGGGAUGUUGCCAUGAAGGAGCCUUUGGUGGACAUAGUAGAUCCAAAGCAAGUGGUGACCAAUGCCUGUUUAAUAAAGGAAGUAGAUAUUUAUACAGUGAAGACUGAAGAACUGGCAUUUACUUCAGCAUUCUGCCUCCAAAUUCAGCGUAAUGAUUACAUUCAUGCAUUGGUCACCUACUUUAAUAUUGAAUUUACAAAGUGCCACAAAAAGAUGGGAUUUUCUACAGCACCUGAUGCUCCCUAUACUCACUGGAAGCAAACUGUCUUCUACUUAGAAGACUAUUUAACUGUGAGACGAGGAGAAGAAAUCUAUGGGACAAUAUCCAUGAAACCAAACGCAAAAAAUGUGGAAUCAGCUCGUAACAACACUUUGAGUGAGGGCUUGGAACAUAAAAUCUUCAAGAAAUACCUUUCUGUCAAGUUCAUGACUUCAUGAAUCUAGGACUUCAAGAAAAGGUACCAGGAAGAGGCUGACAACCGCAGAAGCUACACACUGGUUUUCAGUACAGGUAAACAUCUUUGAAGCUCUCCUCUUCAGUGCUUGAGAGGAAAGAAGCAAAGCUUAUUUGACUGAUCAGAUGACCUUUAACUAAUACUGUAUUUGGAAGGAGCAAGUGUCACUAGAUAGAAUAUUUGAAGUUAUUUGGUCUGUGUUUGUCUACAUGAAAUUAAUAUUAAAUUAGCAUGAGUGAACUUUUAUUCCUGUCCUUAAAACUCUACCUAUGAAAUAUUCUUUUCUUGAGAUGUUUAUUUUCAUCAUACAAAAAUCAGAUAUCUUUUUAUCAGUUUCAUAUUAACAAUUGAUUGAGGUGUAAAUAGGUGAAAGUACCCAUUUUUCUCUAUUGUUGUUGCUGUUUUUUUUUUCCUAGGGAAGAUGCGUUUGCCAUUGUUAUUUUUACUGAAAUAACAAGAAUUACAACCAUUGCUUCAACAGCUGUUGAAUUCAGGCAGUUGCUACUGAUAUGUUUUGUGGGAAUGUCUCUGCUUUCUGAAACAGGCUUCGACUUUAUUAGAUGAUGAAGUAGAGUUCUCUCAUAAUGACCUGACACAGCAGAAAAUUCUGCCUAUAUAGAGGUGUAUAUGGGGGAGAAUUUUAAUGAGUUACUGUCAACAAAAACAAAUCUUUUAGCACUGACUCUGGUACAGAGGAAAAAAAUACCAGCAGUUAGACAAACGUAUUACUGUGUUUUGUUGCCUCCCCUGCCCCCACGUUUUGGCUUUCCUUCUUUUCAGUGUAAGAUGCACUCUGCCAGGCUUCAUCCAAUGAACAAACAGCACAGAGGCUGAGGCAGUGCGCACAGUGCCUUCAGGCAUCUUAACUAUUAUGGUAUCUGCCACUUGGUACAUAAUGUUUCCAAUUUUCCUGCAGAUAGGGAUUCUAGCUGUACUGUUCCUUGACCUGUAAGAUCAUCUAGUUCCAACCUCCUACUGUAGACAGGGAUACCUCCCACUAGACCAGGUUACUCAAAACCCCAUCUAGCUUGGCCUUGAAUGCCUCCAGGAUUGAAGCAUCCACAACUUCAAUGGGCAAUCUGUUCCAGUGUUUCACUACUCUCACCUAAAAAAGAGAGUAACAAUUUAGUAAUAAUUAGAUUUAGGCUAGGUAUUAGCCUAAAUCUACCCUCAUCCAGUUUAAAGCCAUUUCCCCUUCUCCUGUUGAUACAUGCUCUUCUAAAAAGUCCCUUUCCAGCUUUUCUGUAGGACCCCUUCAGGUACUGGAAGGCUGCUAUGAGGUCUCCCUGGAGGGAAGAGCCCCAACUCUCUUAGCCUGUCCUUGUAGGGACCUUGCACUAAGCCUUGUUGAACUUCAUGAGGUUGGUAUGGACCCAGCUCUCAAGCUUGUCCAGGUCCCUCUGGAUAGCAUCCCUUCCCUCUGGUGUGUCAACUGCACCACUCAACUUAACAUAAUACGCAAGCUUGCUGAGGAUGCACUCAAUCCCAUUGUUCACAUCACCUGUAAAGAUGUUAAAUAGCACCAGUCUCAGCACCGAUCCCUGAGGAAUGCCACUUGUCACCAGCCUCCGCUUGGACAUUGAGCUGCUGACCGCAACUUUCUGAGUGUGGCCAUUCUGCCAAUUCCUUCUCCAGAAAGUGGUCCAUUCAUCAGAUCCAUUUUUCUCCAAUUUUUCAACAAAGAUGUAGCACAGAACAAUGUCAGAUGCAGUGCCAGAAUCAGCAAACAGCAAUCCAACAAGACAGAGGAUGUGUUAGUGUCAAAGAAUAUCGGAGGCUGACAGUUCCCACUUCUACUUGCUGACCACCUGGCUGGCUAAAGCCUUCUAGAAGUAAAAUUAGUCACAUCUACCUUUUUUGUGAUUGAUUAAAUAAUUGCUUUUAAGGUGUACAGAGAGAUGGCUAGGACCUGGCCUAGGUCAUAAUAAAUAACAAAGUGAGAAGCUAAUAUUUACAGGUGUGUAAUGGCUGACUUCACAGCUGGUUAGGAGGGAGUUAUAUGCAAAUCUCACAGUUAAAUUCACAGAUAAGGACUUUUUUGCAAGUAGAAAUUGAAUAGUCAGUGGUAACUGUAUUAAUACCACUAAUAAUGUGUAAAUCCAAAGCGACAUACGUGUUCUCAGAAAUAUAAAAUAUAUGUGGUUGCAAAUAUGGCAAAACUGGGACCAUUGGUGAGGAAGCAACAAGAAACAAGUUUCUUCUUCAAGAGGUGAAUGGUAGAGAAAGAUUGGGAGUCAUGGUGGGUGUGGGAAGAACAAUCAUGAGAAAAAUCAAAAUGAGGUGUAAGAAAAAGGACCAUUUGUAAGCAAGCAAGCUGUUGGUCUGACUGCUUAUCUGAUUCCUGCACUGUAUAAUUAUCUUUGCAUUAAGUCUUAUUUCUAACUAAUUUCUGCAUUACCCUGAUCAGCUAGAAAGCAAAAGGAUUUCAUUGUGUAUUCAUGAUUGUGUGUAUACAGGUGAUGAGCCGUGAAGGCAUUGCUCUUUGUUUUCUGUGCAGCUGACAUCAAUGCUCUGUAUGAAUCUGCAUCUUUGAAAUAUGUACUCAGUUUGGGUUUUUCUUUGACCUUUAAAAAGAGGAACAGAAGCUCCAUAUCUAUCAAGCUGAGGUAGGAGAUACGUCCUAGAUCUUAGACUGCAUCAGAUUCAUCUCUAGUGGAUAAACACAAAUAAAUCCUUUGGAUCUUAGGAUUCAGCCUCUCCUUAGCAUUGUCUGCCCUUAAGUUACGCAUAACCCACUUGCAAGAUCUCUGUGCAUGCUAAAAUACAUCCUAAUAAGAGUGCUGGUAGAGUAGUGGUAACAGUGACUUCCUCCUGCUCACUCUCCUCUCCGUGUCCCUUAGUUUUUUCUGUUGCCUUUCUCGAUGAUGGUAGUUCUGGGGAUGGCCCCUUGCCUGGAUCUUCCUCUCCCUCUUCCACUUCUUUCUGUUCUGGACACGACAACACUCAUUUCCAUUUCUGGCCUUCCACAGGGGCAACUGACAUUGAUACUGGUGCCUUCUGUGACUGAUCAGGUUUGGCUUGCAGACUUCCCUCUUUGUCUUGAGUCAUAGCACAGAAACUCUCUCUCUCUGAAACAGUAUUAUAUAGAGCUCAGUAAGCACAAGCCAAACCUCAAGUAAGUCGUACCUCCUCAGAUCUACCUAAUCUAGAUUAUCCCUGACUUAAAUACUUGCUUAGUGUCUCAGGAUCCCACAGGUGUUCAAGAGUGAAAUACCAUGACACCAGGGGUCCCCAUGCUUCUAAGAUUUCUCCUAAACCUCUCCAUAUUCCUUGUCACACAGCGUUCUCCAGUUUUGGAGAAAGCUUCCUCCAGAUAAUAUAAAUUAUUAUUAGGAGGAACAAAUUCAGGGGAAUUAAUAACAUGACCAUUAAUUUGGCAUUUCAAAAAUGCAUAAGGAACCAGAACCAAGAAGAGAACUGGGAAACUGGUCUAAAUAUCGAGCUGUUUGUAAAAUUAGCUACUCCCUCUGUGAUGUAACUGUUAAUGUUCAAAUCAUACAGCACUGCUUAUAGGUACCAGGCAGGUGUCUCCAUCAGUGCUCUUACUUGGUUAUAUACAUAUACAACUCCAAAACAGAACAUGAUGAAAUUAAUAAGAAACCAGUAAGUUCCAAAAAACAUAAUGGCCUUUAAUCCUUUAUAGAGUGCUCCUAAAAUAAAGAAGAUUCAUAGCUGGCAGAUGCUAAAAGGAAAAAAACUUGGUACAGUGUCCAGAGUCUGGCAGACCACCCAGCCUACAAUCUAAUCUAUGAAGGCCAAGGCUAGCUACAGCACUCUGCAACUCUCUAACUUUAAGAAAGCCUUUAUUUUUCUACUAACUUUACAAGGUUCAGAUUCAGUUCAGAUUGCCCACAUUCUCCACAGUCAUGGAGUUAUCUCUGGAUCUAUCUUUGUCCAUGACAGGGCCCACAGGCCAAAGAGGGGAAAGUGUGUCAACAGUUUAUGGGCCGGUUCAGCCAGGUUUUGUGACUAACAGGGUGGGGGAACCACAGACAGAUGCCCCCAAGAAAAGGGGUAAAGGGGAAGGGUAGGGAAAUGGGCCUAAAAACAAAACAGCAGGAAUGAUCUGGGAGAAAAGUUACUCAUGAUGUUGGAAUGCAAGAUAACACAAUAAAAUACAAUAUAUAAUUGGAACUGAGGCUUAUAAAUCAAAUAAAAUGAGAGAAAGAGUAUCUGAAACCGAAGGCCUUACUCUGAAUUGAAGGUGAAAUGACUGGAGAGCAUACCCACACACUGUCAGGCAGUGUAAAAGAAAGGUCCUAUGACUUGCAAGUUUUAUCUUUCCCUCUGAAUGCAAAGUUCUCUGGGGUACAUAGUUCUUCUCUUCGGAGAACCAGGUAUCCACAAAAUCAUCAGUCCAUGGAACUGAAAUAUUAACUCUCGCUCCCUGUGCUUUACAUGAUGUUAAGAUGUGGAAAACAAAUAACAAAAUUCCUAAAACCAUGACACCUGGAAAUGACAACAGCUACAAAGAGCAUCCUUUCCCCCCAAACUAUUUUUGGGCUUGUGGGCCUGCUGUUCCCCUGUCACAGACAGGGAUAGAUCUAGAGAUAACACAGUGAAAACAGGUUUUAGCAUUAGACCCUGGAGAACCUCAAGGCCAAUACAGGGUUUGGUAUGGACACCAGUGUGCCAUACUGGUGGGGAGGAGCUUGCUGCAAGAAGAGGUCUCUCAUUCCUGCUGAAUACUUAACCAGGACUCUCAAAAGCAUAAAUUGUCUCCUUCAAAAUUAUAUCAGAGAACUGAGAGUGAAGUUCCUCCAUUCAAGUCCACAGACCAGUAUUUAUUGGUAUGUCACAUUUGUUUGGCCGCAUGGUUUUACACACCAUCAUUAUCCAUUGAAUUAGUGAAUGAUUUUCCUCAUUAUGUAUUACAGUUGCAUACAGUGUUUCUCUGAGGGCCAGUAACGGAUGCAAGUUUAGAAAUGUCAGGAUCACGCUUUCAGCCCCAUGUCCCAUAAUCUCAAGAGCCAAGUUGGUAUGCCCUCUCAUGUUUUUUGCUUAAAUCGCUGUAACAGAUCCAUGAGUUUGGCAGCUUGUGUACCAGCACACCAUUACAUGUAAUGUGGUGUGGGUGGGGGGCCACACCUCAGGUGACAACCCCACUGGUCAAUCUUGGACUUUCUUUGUUUUUUAAGUUAUUACUGAUCUUAUUUCUAGAGGACCUCAGGUUCCCAGAUCCUCUACUUGGAUUUUAGUCUGCUUGGCUUUCUUUUUAUUCUUAGAUUCAACCAGGAUCCAAGAAUCCUGCUGAUUUAAGUCCUUUUCCUCUUCUAAUGAUAUAGUUCUUAAUUUUGGAGGAGAAAUGCCGUUUGAAGGGAAGGCAGUUUGCUCUAUCAGAGAUGUAGUUUCAUUUCUCAGUUGUCUGAUACAAGCCUUUAAAAGUUCGUUUUCAUCUUUCAGUCCUUCCUCAGAGUAAUGAUACACAGUAUUAGACACUAUACUACAGCAGAUGCUACUCUUUCCUCCAGUUAGGAAAGUUUGUUCUCAUUUUUUCAAAAUGUUGGCCAUUUUCAAAGGGGAUUUAAUAAUGGGACCAUUGUCCCUUAUAGGUUCCCAUUCUUCGAUGAUAACUCAUCCAGACAAGGGGAACCCAGGAAUCCCAGAUCAUGUAUCUGUAGCCAUAAAAAAUGGUCUUUGCAGUCUUGAAACUCCAAGCUGUGGGGCACAGUAUACAUGCCCAAGGGAUGGAAGCCAUUCAGAGAGAUCUAGACAGGUGCUAUGGUUUUAUGACUUUUGUUAUUGGUAUUACACAUCAUAACACCAUGUAGAGCAUUGAGAGUUAAAGACUUAAUGCUCUAGUUUCAUGGAUUGUCAGUAUUUCUGGGUACCUGGUUCUCAGAAGAGAAAAAGAACUACAUCUUCCAGGAGGCUCGCUGUUCCAUUUCUAUUUUCCAUUCAGAAGGAAAAGAUAAAAACUCUCUGCAAGUCACAAAACAUCUUU